AUGCGCAUACCUACCGUUUCCAUCCUUACCCUCCCCCUCCUGGUCGCAGCCCAAGAAUCUCCUCUCGACCAAGCUAAAGCUCAAGCCCAAUACUGGUUCGGCAAACUCCAAUCUUAUAUCCCCUCUCCAGCCUCCGAAUCUCCCCUCGAAGCGGCAACUGCCAAAGUAGGCGAAGCAAAAAUCCACCAACUCACCCUCGAUACCUGGCAAGAAACCAUCCGCGGAAGCGUCACUCCCGAGUCCUCGCUCCCGCAAGAAUGGUGGGUUCUAGCUACCGGCGGAAACAAGACCUGUUUUGGUCUCUGCGGUAAAAUUGAAACGGGCUUCAAUGAAUCCGCUGCCCUUUUCGCUGUCGACCCCACAGCUCCUCACAUGGCAAUGUUGAAUUGCGACGAACAACCCGUCCUCUGCAAUUCGUGGGGCGCAGGACCACCACACUUGUGGACUAUGGAAGUUGGGGCUCCAGGAUCCCCAGUUCCUAUUAUCACAGUUCCAUUGAACGCUACCUCUACAACCGUCACUACAUUCACCGAUUUGCACUCUAGUAAAUCGUACAAGAAAAAGGCACCUUAUGAGGGUUGGUUCCAUCCUUUCGAUGGAGAACUUGCGCAAUACGGUGCCGCAGUUCCAGUUGGAUAUGUACUUUGGUUCUUCGCAGUUGUUCCCAGCUGGAUGUUCAUGAUUGGUAUUUCUUUCUUGAGCAGAACCAUCAUGAGCAAGCGAACUCUCGGUCCACAAGGACCUGCAGCAGCUGCUGGAGCUCGCCCACGCGCUGCUCCAGCUGGAGAUGGAGUUACUUACUAA